AUGGCCGAAGAUAUCCCUCUAGAAGAGGUGGAAGGGAGCGGACGAAGGUGGUCCUCCAACAACCCCUUUCUAGAUCCUGGUUCCGGAACUAGACGCGCAGCAUCACGCUCGAACAGUUCUCUUUCGAGCGUAGAGUCCGGGUCUACAACAGAUAACCCAUCGAUUGCAUCGAUAAGACAGGGUCUAACUACUGCUCUAGGUGAGGGGGGCUCAGGAGGCGAGUGGCUCACCAGCGAGCAGAUCCACAAUGACGAGAAGCUGAGUCCGAAGAAACGACGGACUUCAGUGUUCGAAGAGAGCCCAAAGUCUACCAAAGGUGGGCUGAAGCGACCUGAAGUGGGAUGGAAUCCUUCAUCAAGUGACUACUUGACACCGAACAGAACUGUUGACUUUGAACUGGAAUCACUCGACAACAUCGCAUAUACGCCCAAGCGUUAUACCUCAUUUGAUUCUGCCGACCCUAUGAUGCACAACGAUUUGAGAAAUACCGACCUCGAGAGAGCAGUUUCGAGAAAUAGUCCCAAGAGCAAAGAUAACACCGGCGAUAAAUGGAACAACUUGACCUCAGCUGUCCAGAGAGUCUCAUACCGUAUCAUUUCGGGUAUGGAGCAGAUCGAUCCCGAUGAAAUAGUCACAGACGAAGAGGACAGAGAGAGCUCUGAUGGUACUAUUGAUGGUGAUGAGGAGGAUCCCUUCACACAGUAUGAUCACCUGCGGCCAAGUAGUCCACUCCGUCCCACAUCUCCUGUGAGGCCAAGUCCCCACAGGUUCAACUCAAACACAUCUUCAAGAAGACCCACUACUCCAAAAAAUGACUACGACGACCCAUCGCAGUACUUGUUUGGACGUUCUCUACGGAUUUUUCCUCCUCAGCAUCCUUGGCGGUGGAAAAUGUGGAAGCUAUGUAGUUCCCCGUGGUUCGAGCCUUUUGUGUUACUUCUGAUUAUUUUGCAUACUGUCUUCUUGUUCUGUGAAUCAUCGUGGAACAUUUUUAAAGACAAAGACACUGAACACAUUUUCGCUUCGUGGGGUCAUAAGUGGACGGACUGGGGAUUUCUCGCAAUUUUCAUUUUGUACACUUUCGAGAUAUCAGCUAAAAUAGUUGCGUUUGGGCUCUGGGACGAUUCACAAAUGUUUUACUCCACUGGCCAAAUGCCAGACUCGUCGUGGAACAGAUUUUUCCCGAACAAGCUGACCAAAUCAUCUAGGUGGAACCAACGCAAAGGGACAAGUUCAGCUCCAAUCAGCCACGCCCUCACCUUACUUGUGCAUAACGAACAACCCACACAUCGUGUUCAAAGAGCUUUCCUCCGGUCGAGUUGGAAUCGAGUUGAUUUCAUUUCAGUUGUUUGCUAUUGGAUCUCGCUGGGGGUGGCUGCACACGACUACGACAUUAUUCACCAGCUAUUUCUCUUUCGCUUCUUAGCAUGCCUUCGAAUUUUGCGAUUGCUGAAUUUGACACAUGGCACCACCGCUGUGCUGAGAGCUCUAAAAACGUCAGCUCCUUUGUUGAUCAAUGUUUCAUUAUUCAUCGGCUUCUUCUGGGUGACCUUCUCUAUCAUUGGAACUCAAUCCUUCAAGGCGUCUCUUCGACGACAAUGUGUUUGGGUAGACUCCACAGGGCAACAGGAUAAUUACACUUAUGAACAAUACUGCGGUGGCUAUCUUCACCCGGAGACGCUCGAGCAUAUGCCAUAUGUCUUCACUGAUGGCACUGUUGGACCCCAAUCGAAAGGGUACAUGUGCCCGGCUGGCAGUAUCUGUGUCAGCGAUAAGAAUCCAUACGGUGGUACAGUGUCUUUUGACAACAUUUUUAAUUCUCUUGAAAUGGUUUUCGUCAUUAUUUCACUCAACACAUUCACCGAUAUCAUGUACUAUACGAUGGAUAGUGACUACAUGACUGCCUGUUUAUUUUUUAUGGCUGGGAUUCUCAUCCUGGCGCUGUGGCUUGCUAACUUGCUGGUGGCAGUUAUCGCCACGUCUUAUUCGCAAAUUCGUGUGGAGAUGAUUCUAUCACGGAAGUCUAAGACAGAGACCCUGUUUCGGAAGAGAUUAACUUCCGCAGAGGCUCGCAAUUUUCUCAAGAAAACUGUGAAGGGCCGCUGGUAUCUCCGUAUGGAAUGGUUAUGGAGUCUCAUUAUCUUCAUGUCUCUUGUCGUAAGCAGCACAAGAACAGCAGAUACUACAGACAGCCAAGAGACAGCGCUCUACAUUCUUGAGAUCAUAAUCACUUCCAUGCUUACAGCAGACGUGAUCUUGCGGUUUUAUGUCUAUUUGCCGAACUGGCGCAUAUUUUUCCUUAAUAUUGCCAACGUGGUGGAUUGUGCUCUUGGAGUCAUGUGUAUUGUCAUCCUGAUUCCCCCAAUUCACAACAAGCCCGUGCUAUAUGGUUGGCUGACGAUUUUCCAAAUUUUGCGGAUUUACAGAGUCGUGAUGUUCUUCAAAUUCACACGGCUCCUGUGGAGAAGAGUCGUGGGAAACUACAGAACUAUGUUUUACAUGAGUUGCUUCUUCUUUCUCUUGACAUUCCUCUGUUCUGUCAUGUCAACUCGACUACUGCGUGGUGUAAUUCCGCAAGAAGACGAUAGCGGCGAGUCGAUCGAGUUUUCAUUUUACAACCUACAGAAUACCUUUCUGGGAAUGUAUGCUCUCUCAACUACUGAGAAUUGGACAGAUAUGCUGUACAAUGGCCAGCAGUUCGCAACAAACACCUUCUCAGCUCUUUGCAUUGCUGCUUUUUUCAUCGGCUGGUUCAUCUUUUCCAAUAAUGUUGUCAUGAACCUUUUCAUUGCUCUGAUUACAGAAAAUCUUGACGUGUCUGAAGAAACCAAGCGCAUUGAACAGAUCAAGGGCUUCGUCCGGAAGUACACAGACCAGAUCAGCAACAACGGCGGAUCCCUGCCGACGAUGCAACUAUUGAUGCAAAAAGUGAAACAUCUCGGCAAGAACCGGGAGAUCAACCAAACAGACGGCUCACACGUGUUUGAUAUGUUGAUGCAACGUCACGUUGUGCAAGAUUUUCUAGAAGACGAGGUGAAUGAGGCGGAGGAGAUGCCGGCUGAACAACGAUCGCGGCCAUCGCGAAUCAAGCGCAUGCUGAAACAAGCACAUGUCAAGUCAUUGAUGUUUUGGCGCAAAAAGGAACCCACUGAAAAUCCUUUCUUAGAUCCCCCGCAAGGUGGAGAUUUUUUCUCCAGAAAGAAGAGCCUAAAUCCAAUAAAUUUGGCAAAGGAUUUCCUGGAUGAUUAUCAGCAGCGUUUGAAGACUCAGGAGGAAUUUUUGGCUGAGCAUCCGGAUUUCAACGUGGUGCUAUACUGCCUGCCUCCUCAUAACCCUAUUCGUCGAUUUUGCCAAAGGAUUGUAAUGCCAUCACAUGGAACUAGGCAUGAUGGUGUUAUUCCCAAGCAGUGGGUGUGGUACACAUUUACGUUCAUUAUGUUUCUUGCUACUGUUGCCCUAGUUGUGUUGGCAUGUGUUGCUACUCCGUUGUACCAGAAGGAGAAUGGAGGUGGUGGGGUGUGGUCUUGGAUCACCUGGUCCGAUUUGGGUUUUCUGAUUCUUUUCAGCAUCGAAGCCAUUAUCAAGAUUUUGGCUGAUGGAUUCUACUUCACACCCAAUGCCUACUUGAGAUCGUCGUGGGGUGUUAUUGACUUCAUAGUGCUGAUAUCUCUGUGGAUAAACAUGAUUGCCAUCUUUGCUGGAAAUGGUUACGUCUCUCGAGCUGUUCGUGCUUUCAAAGCUUUGCGAGCUUUGCGAUUGCUCAAUAUUUCGAAUGCAGCUAAGGAAACAUUCGAGAACAUCGUUAUCGUGGGCAUCAGGAAGAUCUUCGGCGCGGCCAUGAUUUCCAUGUGUCUGCUCUACCCUUUCAGUGUGUGGGGCUUGCAAAUCUUUAAAGGGCGCUUCUACAGCUGCAACGACGAAAAUACCGAAUUUCUUGCCAAUUGUAUCAACGAAUUUGCAUCCUCGCCGUCAAACUGGAAUGUCCUGGCGCCCCGCUCUGUUGUGAAGCCAUACUAUGACUUUGACAAUUUCGGUCAUUCCUUUCUAAUUCUGUUCGAAAUCAUUUCCCUCGAAGGUUGGACGGAUGUUCUCAAGACUACCAUGAGUAUUCAAGGGCCUGGGAUGAAUUUGGAGUGGGCCGCUUCAGUGAACAACUCGGCCUUUCUUGUCCUGUACAAUUUCAUUUCCACAGUUUUCAUUCUCACGUUGUUCAUUGCUGUCAUCAUUAAGAAUUAUUCGAGAACCACGGGUACGGCAUUUCUUACCCAAGAGCAACGGGCUUGGGCAGAGGCUGAAAAAAUCCUGAAGCUGGUAAAACCGUCCAUUGUACCGGUGUACGUGCGUGAGGGAACAUGGCGUGAAUACUGCUACAGAGUAGUGACGAAUCGAAAGGGCAAGUGGAAUAAGUUUCUUGCGGGUCUGUUGUUUAUCCACCUCAUUAUUUUGUGCUUAGAAUGGUAUCCUCAAUACCUAUAUGCCGAAGACAUUCGAAAUGGGCUCUUUCUACCCAUCCUCAUUAUCCUGGAUCUCAACGAGAUUAUGAGGUUUUAUGCUUUUGGUUACAAGGGUUUCAUGUCCAGAAAAUGGGAUCUCUACACAGUACUUGUUGUGACGGGUGCAUUAGUGACCACCAUCUUCUCUUUUGCUUCUUUCGUUUCCAACACUUACUACAACUUCCAGAAGUUGUGCCAAGUCGGUAUUCUGCUACUUUUCAUUCCACGAUCAGAGCGACUCGACCAGCUGUUCAAAACCACGUCAGCUUCUUUUGCAUCCAUUUUGAACCUCAUGGCUACGUGGAUCGUCUUAUUUGUGGUAUAUGCUAUUGCGUUCAAUCAGAUUUUUGGUCUCACUCGAGUUGGCCCUAAUGGAACAGGAAACAUCAACUUCAGAACAGUCCCCAAGGCCCUGAUUCUCUUAUUCCGGAUGAGUUGUGGUGAAGGGUGGAACCAAAUCAUGUCUGAUUAUCUUUUGGAGCCGCCGUACUGUAUCAACGGUGCUGGUUUCAACGAGACUGAUUGUGGAUCCCGUCCCUACGCGUAUCUGCUCUUCAUUUCUUGGAACAUUCUCUCCAUGUACAUCUUCGUCAAUAUGUUUGUUUCUUUGAUUUACGAAAAUUUUUCGUAUGUCUACCAGCAGACUGGCCCACUCAGUCGAGCCAUCAAGCGGGAAGAGCUGCGGAAGUACAAGAAGGCCUGGAGAGAAUUUGAUCCCACCGGAACUGGAUACAUUAGGCCAGAUGAGCUCCACAGAUUUCUCCGACGAAUUGAAGGCACCUUCUCGAUGUGCAUUUAUGAAGGCGAUUGGUCUAUCAAAGAGCUGAUUUCAGACCACAACAUUAGAGUCAAUGACCAUGACCCUUAUGAUGUCGACCUUCCUGCGCUGAACAAGGCCGUUCGAACCAUCCCAGUCGGAGACAUGAUCAACAGACGCCGGGCCUUUGACACACUUUGUGAGCAAGUGUUACUUGAGAGAAACCCAGACAAGGGUAUAUCUUUUUCUCAAGUACUGCUGGCAAUUCCCAUCUAUAAGAUGGUUGAUGAAAACAAGUGCUUCAUGCUAGAUGCCUAUCUCAAGCGACGAAUCAUGCUUCAACAAGUGGAAGAGAACCUUCUGAAGGCAAAACUACGAGGCUUCAUGGAUAUGGUGCAACUCAGAAGAGAGUUUCACGAACGACGAGACGAUAUGGGUCCUAUGUCAGCUUCGAGAGAUCCAUUUGAGAGCACAGGAGUGACUAGAAUACCUUCGGGCUCGCGAAAGAACAUUGUGCCUCAAAUUUUCAUCACUACUGAUGGCGACAGCAAAGAAGACUUUACCAGCGAGGAGCCAUCGUUGCUUCCUAGGAAAACGGCGGACUUCGAUGUGGAAGAGGUACCUACAACACCUGAUGGUGUUCCAGUUCCAGCAGACUACUUCCUGUCUACAGACCCAAUGACACCGAACCCGAAUGCUGGCAGCUCUGGCCGUUUCUCAUGGGCUUCGGAACGGUCAAACAUUGACAGGAACUCUAUGUGGGACCGGCGCGUAUCAGGCGACAGUGACAAUUUCAAGGACCAAGACUCCUCUGAUUUGAACCUCAUCCACAGACAGGAAGACCAGCUCAUCGACUCGUUUGAGAACUCCGUUUGGGGUGGAGCUCUGUCCAAACGAGCUAGCCGAUACCAACGUGCAGAGCAAGAUGACGAGAAGGAUGAAACACUUGACGACGAUAGCCACGACUACAUCUAA